AGUUACCCGUAUGAAACGCUCAGUCGAGAAACGCCGGUGCGAGCAAAGUUUGGUCCGUACAUAAUUCUGCGAAACCCGAUUCUCGUCGAUUCGUUGUCUUCUUCAAACUCAAUUUUCCGAACCCCGUACACCGUCCGCGAGAUUGCAUGGCCGGAAGAAGCGCUUCAUCGACAACUUGUUGCUGGAAUUCUUGAUUUCCAGUUUUUCCCUCGCGUCUUUUUUCUACACUCUCGGAAUCGGAGAUUCCUAGAGGAUACCACAAAGCUCGUUGAAGCGAUAGAUUCUGAUAAUUGUCUCUUUCGCGCAGACAUUGAUGAAGAAAGACGAAAAGAAUAGUUCGGCGGGGAGAACCAUUUACACUAGAUCCUUAGCAGCUUCAACUUCUGCCUCAAUGGAACCAGAAACCCCUGGUUUGAGGAGGUCAUCCCGGGGAAAGCCAAUAACUCCAGCUUCUGCUACUAGAAAGUCAGAGAGACUGGCUCCCGUACCUGCUUCGGUAUCGAGAAAGUCUGCUCGAAUUGAGAAGAAAAAUACACCAAGUCCUCUGAAUAUUCAGCAGAGGAAGGAUAUGAAGGGAAACAAUUUACAAGAGCCGACAAAUGAAAUCAAGAAACGGGAGCCUAUAAUGUCAGCCCGGACUUUUAGAGCUUUGUUUAGAAGGCUCAAUAAUAAAUCCGAGGCGUUAGUUAAUGCUUCAAAUGAUGAGGAACUAGUAGUUGUUGGUUGUUCUCGCCGCAUACCUGCAAGCAAUGAUGAUGCUGCUCAAGACGGUAACACCGAUUGUCCACCACCUGUGAAGGACACAGAAAAGAUGGUGCCUGAUGAUGCAUCCCCGAUGGUUGAAACAGGGGAUGGAAACGCUAUAGGUUCACCUCCAAAGAGUUCAGAAACACAAAAGCUUCUUCUCAGUAAAACUAGCUUAGAUACGAACAUAGGCUUGCCUUUGAAAAGAAAGAGGGACCCUGCAGGAGCUGAGCUGGAUGCAUGUGUCAUUGUUGCAAAUGGAGAUGACUGCAUUAUGAGUCCUGAUGUGGUGAUUCCAUCUCCAUCUGGGUGCAAAAAUGAUGAUCAACCUGAAAUAUUUCCAUCUCCAUCUGUGUGCAAAAAUGAUGAUCAACCUGAAAUAUUUCCAUCUCCAUCUGUGUGCAAAAAUGAUGAUCAACCUGAAACGUGCAACACUUGUGGAAAACAGAAAAAGGUCAACAGUGAUUUUGAAAAUCUGAGCGUUUGCUCCUGCAUUGCCCAGCCAGUUGAAGAAUCUGAUCAUGUGGCACAGGAUUUGGAGGAAACUGAUCCAGCUCCGAGCAGAGACUACGAUGAGAACAGGCAAACGCAACACGCUAAAUCAAGUGAUCCCAAAUUGUACUCGUCGAUGUACCCAGAGUAUUGGGUUCCGGUGCAGCUAUCAGAUGUACAGCUAGAGCAAUACUGUCAGACUCUCUACUCCAAAUCUUUAUCUCUUUCUUCGCUGUCAAAGAUUGAUCUUGGAGCUCUCGAAGAAACUCUCAGUUCUGUAAGGAAAACCUGUGACCAUCCAUAUGUUGUCGAUGCAUCUUUGAAACAAUUGCUCACCAAGAAUCUGGAGUUGCAUGAAAUCCUGGAUGUAGAAAUUCAAGCAAGCGGGAAACUUCACCUCCUUGAUAAAAUGCUUACCCAUAUAAAAACGAAUGGUUUAAAAGCAGUUGUCUUCUACCAGGCGACACAAUGCCCUGAGGGGCUUCUGCUUGGUAAUAUUCUCGAAGAUUUUGUGGCUCAAAAAUUUGGUCAAAAAGGUUAUGAGCAUGGGAUUUAUUCCUCAAAGAAGAACGCUAUAAACAAUUUCAACAAGGAGAGCCAAUGCUGUGUUCUGCUGCUGGAAACACGUGCCUGCAGUCAAGCCAUGAAACUCUUGCGGGCUGAGGCAUUUAUUCUUUUUGGAAGCAGCUUGAAUCCUUUGCAUGAUGUUAAGCACUUAGAGAAGAUAAAAGUUGAGUCAUGUUCUGAAAGAACUAAGAUAUUCCGGUUAUACUCAGUAUGUACUGUUGAAGAAAAAGCCCUAAUUCUAGCUAGGCAAAAUAAGUGGCUAAAUAAGCGGCAAAAUAAGGCUGUAGAGAACCUAAACCGUCCUCUCACGCAUGCACUGCUCAUGUGGGGGGCUUCAUAUCUAUUUGAUAAGCUGGAUCAUUUUCACAGCUGUGAAACCCCAGAUUCAAGAGUUCCAUUUGAACAAUCUAUUAUGAACGGCGUGAUUGAUGAAUUCUCGUCCCUACUUUCUUCCAAAGGUGGAGAAGAAGAUGGAGGCAAGCUGUCUCUAGUUUGGGAAGCCAAGCAUGAUCAGGGUACUUACAGCAGUGAUACUUCUCUAUUUGGUGAAAAGCAUAUUAGUUUGCCAGAUGAAGAUAGCCCUAAUUUAUUUUGGACAAAGCUGUUGAGUGGAAAGAAUCCUGUGUGGAAAUACCCGUCAGAUACCACCCAAAGGAAUAGGAAAAGAGUUCAAUAUUUUGAGGGCUCUGGAGCGAGUCCAAAACUUGACGAUGGCGGAAAUGCAAAGAAGCGAAAGAAGGCUUCUGACAAUUUCACUGAUGUCCCAGUAAUUAGUGAUGAAAGAAUGGCCUCGAGGAAGGAUCAAAUGGGGGCUUUGGAGUCACUAAAGGUCGUAGCACCUCAUUCAUCUGGUACUGAUGGUAUGGAUGGAAAUGAGGCUUUCGGCUUGUACUCUAUGGGCUUUCAUAUCUCUGGAAUUCCAGAGGAUAUGUUAUUUAGGCAGGAUUGGAGAAAAAUACAGAGUGAAUCACAGAGUAGGCUCCAUGCUGUUUUAAAGUUGGAAAUGGCAAAACUUUGCCAAGUUUUACAUCUUUCAGAAGCUUGCACAAGCAUGGUUGAAAAAUUUCUGGAAUAUGUUAUUGAAAACCACCGAAUCUACAAAGAGCCAGCUACCAGAUUGCAGGCAUUUCAGUUAGCCCUGAGUUGGAUUGCAGCUUUGUUGGUAAAGCAAAAUCUUAGUCACAAAGAAUCUCUGGUCCGUGCAAAAUCUGAAUUAGCUUUCAAUUGCUCUAGAGUAGAGGUAAAUUAUAUAUACUCGAUAUUGUCAUGCAUGAAGAGUCUGUUCCUGGAGCGCACAGAUGGUUUGCAGUUUGAUUGCUUUGGUACUACUUCUAGUCAGUCAAUGGUUGGUACGAAACAAGUGAAUGAAAGCCUCUCAGGGGCAACAGUGCGUCAGGGAAAGAAUACUACAAAGUCGAUGGAUAGCUCAGAGGAUGAAGAAUGCAUGACUGAGAAGAGAUGUAGUCAUUAUAGCACUGCAACAAAAGAUAUCGAAGAGACUAUUAGAGAUGUUAAAAAGAAAUGCAAGAAGCAACUGCAAAAACUUGGACAAGAGCACAAGGAAAAAAAGGUGCAGCUGUUAAAUAUGCAUGCAGACAAGAAAAAGAAACUUGAAACUAGAAAAAAUUUGGAAGCAGCAGUAAUUCGUAUUACCUGUUCACGGACAAGUACCCAAGUGGAUGAUCUCAAACGGCUGGAACAUGACUUUGAAAGAAAGAUUGAUAAAAUCAAUAGCGAGAAAAGUGAAUGCCUUCAAAGUCUGGAGAAAAUGCACGAGGCUGCAAAGAAGAAGUUGGCUCAGGAUGAAGCCUGUUGGAUUAGUCGGAUAACAAACUGGGCACAAGCUGAAUUGAAAAUUUGUGUUCCCAUUAAAAGUGGCAGCAAGCAUUUUAGUGGAAUAUGCUCAUCAAACACUUCCCAAAAUGCUCAUGAUGGACAAACUUGUAAUGAUGCCAAUGUUGAAGCUACUUAUGCGGAUACAAAUUGCAUGGCUUCGAAGGCAAAUCAAGUACCGGAGGCAGAAAACACAUUAGGAGGAACCAUGUCGGGUGGCACAAAUCAAAAGGGUCAUGAAAUGAUGGGUUUAAGAAAUGACAAGGCGAUGGAUGUCUCAACCUUGUCUCGUGAACAGCAUACAGACAAUGUGGCUUCAAAGAGCCAGACCAGUGAGAACGCGUCUAUCACUGUGCCUGAGAUAUUGAUUCCUGCUGGCUGUCAAGAGGAAUUUGCGGCCUUGAACGUCCAUUUUUCAGAAUACCAGAACUGUGACAGAAUAACAUCAGCAGCACCAGAUGAAGAUGUUUCGUCAAGGGUGCCAGAGAUAUCCCAGUCACUAGCAAAUCUUGCAAAAUCUCCCUCUCCCGAGGUUUCCUUGAAUAGAGAGGAGGCUUUGGUUACAACAGAAAAUAAUAGAACAAAUCAUGUGGGUUCUGAUGCUGAUAACAUUUUGGACCAGCAGAAUAGGGAAACUUGCUCUCUUGACAAGGAAAUUCCUGAAGAGGUAGUAAUGCCUAUGCCACACCCAGCACCUUUGGUAGAGACUAGGGGUGCUACUGAAUCUGAUCAGGAUGAUCAAGAUGUAUAUCCUAUGCCUUCUUCACCGGCUAGAAAGCAACUUGACCCAGCAUCAAACACUCAGGGCCAAAAUAUUGAAGAAGCAAUUGAGCUCCAGUCUGCUGAACCAGAAACUGUAGAGACUACUGAUUUUGCUGCAUCCAGUCAGGGUGAUCAAGUUACAUGUCCUUUGCCAUCUUCACCAGCUGGAAUUCAGCCUGUGCCAGAAGCAAACAUUGAGGGCGAAAAUAUCAACACAUCAUCAGCUGAGCCCCACAUAGCUGGUCCAGAUGCAGUAGAGAGUGGUGAUUGUGCAAUAUCAGAUCAGGAAACAAUGGGUGCUCAGGAUGCAUGCUCUCUGCCAUCUACAUUGGUUGGAACUCAGUCUGACCUAGGAGUUAACAUUGAGGGCCAAAAUAUCACAACAGUGGCUCAGCUUCCCACAGGUGGAUUAGAUGCAGUAGAAACUGGUGGAUCUCCUGUAUCAGAUCAGGGUGCUCUGGAUGCAUCUCCUAUGCCAUUCUCUUCGCCUGGAAAUCAUCCUGCCGCAGAAGUUAACAUUGACGGCCUACAUAACACAACAUUAGCUGAGCAUCACACAACAGUGGCUGAGCCUUGCACUAAUGGAUCAGAUGCAUGUGAAAUGGAAAUAGCAGAAGCUGGUCCCCAAGUAGUGCGGUCAACCUUUGCAAAUGUUGUCCAUGAAGGUGGUGUGGAGCCUUCAGCAGGUGUAACAGCUACUGUUCCAUCACUUCUUAGCAAUAAUAUUGGACAGAGUACCGCUCAACCUGUUCCUCAAAUACCAUUCCCUGUGUUCAACGACCCAUUUCUGCAUGAAUUGGAGAAGCUGCGGAGAGAAUCAGAAAACUCAAAGAAGACUUAUGAAGAAAAGAAAUCAGUCUUGAAAUCUGAACUCGAGAGGAAGAUUGCUGAAGUACGAGCAGAGUUUCAAAGAAGAUUCCAGGAGGUAGAAGCUGAGCAUAACACCAAAACGACAGAGAUAGAGAUGAAUAAAAAUCUUGUUAUAAUGAACAAACUGUUGGCGAAUGCGUUCUUGUCCAAAUGUACCGAGAAGAAGACAUCUCCUUCAGCAGCUCCAAGGGGUCGAAUUCAGCAACUAGCACAGAGAGCAACUAGUACAUUUCCUCUGUCUCCGGCUCCUGCUGCUGCUCCUCUGCAGCUUCAGGCAUCGUCAUACCCUGCUCCUGCUCAGUAUCCUCUGCAGCCUCAGGCAUCUUUGUUUCCUUCUUCAGUCUCUCGUCUAUCAGGCCAUCCUCUGAAUUCCGCGGUCUGCCUAAUGCCUCAGCCAAGACAGCCUCUGAUAUCAAACACAACUCCAACUCUAUCAGCUUCUCCUGCAACUAAUCAAGUUUCCAAUGCAAUUCUACGCUCACCUGCACCACACCUCAACUCAUAUAGACUAUCCUCUUCAACUCCUGGCUCUACAGCUGCUCUAACCUCAUUGCAGCCGCCGCCUCCUCAAGAUUUAACAUAUUCAUGUGUUUUAAAUCAGCAGCAGCAAGAACAACAGGGCUUGAGCAGUGGAUUGCUGGGCAACGAGAAUGUGGUUUGUCUUUCGGACGAUGAGUGAUGAUCUAAUCGGAGAGAUGUUUAGGGUCUAGUUGUUGAUUUAGAGAGAAGUUCAAAAUAUGUCUGUAUAGAAAUAGGUUACCUAAAAAUAUUGAAGUAUGUAUGUUUUGGAUGCGACUUUUGUAGUUGAGAUUAAUCAAAUUCAGUGAGUCAAUAACCGACUCGGUUCGGUACAGUUUUGGUGAAA